CAAAAUUUAGCCGUGCCUGGUGUUGGGUGCCUGUAAUCCUAGCUACUCGGGAGGCUGAGGCAGGAGAACUGCUGGAAUCCCGGAGACUGAGGUUGUGGGGAGCGGAGACUGUGCCAUUGCACUCCAGACUGGGUAACGGAGCAGGACUCUGUCUCAAAUCAAACAAAAGGCAUAAAAAUAAUGUGCUCUAGCCAGGCGCGGUGGCUGAAGCCGGUAAUCCCAGCGCAGUGCGAGGCCAAGGAGGUCGGAUCGAUUAUGCCCCCGAGUUCGAGACCAGCCUGGGCAAUGAAGUAGUUACAUAAUAAAAUGCAGACUUGUUCUCUCCACUUUGCGAGGUAGGAGACGAAGGAUCGGGAAGGUUAGCCCGGCGCCCGUCACCCUCGGUGAGUCUGGACGUCCGCCCGCCUGGCGCAGCGACCCCAGCCUCCAGCGCCCUCCUCUGACGAGGCUGGGAUUCGCACGCCCGCUCGCGUCUGGGACAGGGUCUCUGCCCCUCCUCCGGGGCGGUGGUCCAGUGACGUCACCGCGUCUUUAAGACCCCCGCCUCCGCCGCUUUCCGGACACUCGGCUUAGGAAUUUCUCUUAUCCAUUUCGCAGUGCAGCUCCUUCACCCUCACCAUGGCCUCUGCCGGAAUGCAGAUCCUGGGAGUCAUCCUGACAAUGCUGGGCUGGGUGAAUGGCCUGGUGUCCUGCGCCCUGCCUAUGUGGAAGGUGACCGCCUUCAUCGGCAACAGCAUCGUGGUGGCCCAGGUGGUGUGGGAGGGGCUGUGGAUGUCCUGCGUGGUGCAGAGCACAGGCCAGAUGCAGUGCAAAGUGUACGACUCGCUGCUGGCGCUGCCGCAGGACCUGCAGGCCGCUCGAGCCCUCUGUGUCAUCGCCCUCCUUGUGGUCCUGUUCGGCUUGCUGGUCUACCUUGCUGGGGCCAAGUGUACCACCUGUGUGGAGGACAAGGAUUCCAAGGCCCGCCUGGUGCUCGUCUCUGGGAUUGUCUUUGUCAUCUCAGGGAUCCUGACGCUAAUCCCCGUGUGCUGGACAGCGCAUGCCAUCAUCCGGGACUUCUACAACCCCCUGGUAGCUGAGGCCCAAAAGCGGGAGCUGGGGGCCUCCCUCUACCUGGGCUGGGCAGCCUCGGCCCUUUUGUUGCUGGGUGGGGGGUUGCUGUGCUGCACUUGCCCCUCGGGGAGGGCCCGGGGCCCCAGCCAUUACAUGGCCCACUACUCGCCAUCGGCCCCUGCCGUCUCUCGGGGGCCCUCUGAGUACCCUACCAAGAAUUACGUCUGACGUGGAAGGGAAUGGGGGCUCCGCCAGUGCUAGAGCCAUCCAGAGGUGGUAGCGCCCAAUAGCUUUGGGAUCUUUUGUUUCUGCUUCCUACUGCUGUCCUUUUGACUGAGGGUAUUUAAAAUCCAUUGAAGACAACCAAGAAGGUGACUCAGACUCCCACCUGGGCUCUGCUGUUUCUCACCUUGGGAUGAUUGAACCAAAGAGGGGAUGCUUUGAGAUUCUGGAUCUUUCUCCACCCUAGAGAUGCCCGUCUUAGAAGCCAGUUGAGCUGUGGAACUAAUGUGGAGGCUGCUUGCUAUGCUGGCCUUUGGGACAAGACAGACUGUCCCCAAGAGUUCCUGCUGCUGCUGGGAGCUGGGCUUCCCUAGACUUAUCAGGACAGCCACCCCUCCAUCCUACUCAGGCCUCUGGAGCCCCACUCUUCACCCCUGGGAAAGCAAGUGAUCCGUUAACAAAGGACUACCCUCCUCCAGAACUUUGGACCUUCUCUGUCCUGAUAGGACAUCCACACCUCCAAAGAUCCCAGAUGUGUAGACCCCCCACUCCCACCUCCAAUACUGUACCCUUCUGCCCUGCCCAUCCUGCCCUGCUUACACUCAUGUUUUUACCAAAUAAAGCAUGUUUUGUUGGUG